GGUGGCUAAGUGGACGAAGAAGUACGGUAACGUCAUUAGCAUCAAUCUCUUCAACACUCGUCUGGUAAUACUGAGCGAUGAGCAGCUUAUUCAAGAAGUUUUGGGGGGCCAUCACGCUGUAGAUAGACCAGCAAUGCCUGUCGUCAAACAAAUCACUGGAAGGAAGUUUGCUGGUGUUGCCUUCGCUAAUGGUGAAAUAUGGCAGGAGCAGCGUCGCUUCUUUCUAUCUGCUUUCAAGAAACCUGAAGUAGGUGGGAUCAGGUAUGAAAAUAUCAUCGAAGACCAGGCGAUUCGCGUGUUGUCAGAGAUUGAAAAGAGCAAAGGGCAAAUGUUCGAACCUAAUCAAUGGCUAUAUGCCUCCAUUGGAAACAUCAUCCUCAAGAUCACAACUGGAGUUUCCUAUGAGUACGACGACGAUAAUUUGCGUCGUCUUUUGGUUCGUACUAAGCGAAUUUUUGAUGCGAUUGGCCCCGGCGGCCUUUUGAACGUAGUGCCGAUCCUUGCCGCAAUUCCGUCUCGGUCGAAGCAACUUCUCACAGAAGGGUGGAGUGCGCUCUUUGACUAUAUGAAGGAGAGUGUCGCAAGCCACAGGUCUGCAACUGUGUCACAAGGAGAUGACUUCAUCAAGAAGUAUCUAGAGAUGUCUGGAAAAGUCGGAGAGGUGGAGGGUGAGGGCCCGGGUAAGGGAAGUUUUGAUGAAACCAACCUUCUUGAAUCUUCCCUCGAAAUGCUGCUUGGUGGGCUAGAAACAGCGGCCACAUCUCUUGAAUGGAUUCUCCACACACUGGCAUCGCAUCCUGAAGCGCAACGUCGAAUUCGUCAAGAAAUGGCCGAGGUCAUCGGCAAGGACCGCUUUCCACAGUACUCCGACCACAACAGAAUGCCCCAAACCAUGGCGAUCAUUGCUGAAUGCAUGCGUUUCCGACCAAUUGCAACUUUCCCUCUCUCUCACGUGGCUGCUGAGGAUUUCAAGAUCGGCGAGUACGACAUUCCGAAAGGCACACAGAUCGUGUAUAACUUCUGGAAUUCGUUAAGAAGUCCGAUGCUCUGGGAAAAGCCGGAAGAGUUUAGACUGGACAGGUUCUUGACUAAAGACGGGAAGUUCAAUAAGAAGCGAGAGCCAUCUCAAUUUGGAGUGGGUCGAAGAAUUUGUCCAGGCGAGGUGUUGGCCAGGGCCGAGAUCUUCUUGUUCACCACUUACAUCGUGAAGCGCUUUAACCUCCGUCUGGCUGAAGGAACUCCAGAAAAUCCAAAGUGCCUCGUGGGCCUUAGCGUCCGACCAGAACCAUACCAGAUCCAUGCUGAGAAGAUCGAGUAAUCUAUCCGUUUUGCUAAGGGCGGCGGUUUUGAUGAACGGGGGACAUGUAUUUGAAAGCCGCCCCCCCCCCCCUUACCGCCGCCACCACGAAUGCUUCUCCCUUACCCACUCGUCCCAAAAAGAUCUCAUGUCGAAUCGUCAUAAUUAAGUAAAUGCUUUCGCGUAUAGAUAUUCUACGAUGCAUCUGUUUUAUUUGUCCCAUAUUUUCAUUCUACAUGUAUACUAUUUCAACAGAAUGGUGAAAAAAAAUAUAGAAUUUGGAUCCAGUCGACAUUCUGUUAUUCUUCUUGUAAUUUAAUGUUGGCAAAAAGAAGACAUUAAAAUCAAAAUUACGUUAAGUAAGAAGAGGGUCAUUCACAACCAGAAAACUAUUCAAAUAAAAAUAAAAUGUUUCGGGUAGCUGAACAUUCAAUUGGCUAAACUUCUAAAACAAUUUGUAUUUUUUUUCCAUUGUCAGUGCCAUUUGACAGGGGUGGCAAAGUUUUGCCACCUCCGCCUUAAAUCGAAAGGUGCUUAAAUAUUAGUCCACAACCUCAUUAUUCUCGGAUGUACAUACAAAUAUCCAAAAUAAUGAUAAUAAUAAUAGCUGGAUUUAUAAAGCGCUUUUUGCCAGAGGAUACAAAGCGCUGCUAUUAUAGCCCCGGCUUUAGCUCGAGCUACCAUCACCUGCGCUCAGUGCAAAAGCACUCGUUAGCAAGUUUUUUUUUCAAUCAUGUUUAUAUUUUCGUUAUCCUU